AUGGCUUCGGCACCGGCCUCCUCUCCGUCUCCGUCUGCCAUCCCACAGACCCUCUGGGAUCUGCAGGUUCCAGUCCUCGUGACCCAUACCAGCGCGCCUAAUGCGCCCUUUGUCGCAUCGGUGCCGCGCUUCAGUUACCUAGCCCUGUUGCUGCCGCGCCUGUCCGCUUACUUCGGCUUGCCGUGCUCCAGUUUCCAUCACGAGGACGUGCUACUCCGUAAUCUUGCCGUCGGCUUGCUCGUCGACCUGUACCAGCCCACCUUGCCGUGGCGUCUCACCGUUGCCGACGGCCUAAGCUGGGAUAUCGGAGAUACGUUUCUAAAUAGCGCUAAAGAGGCAAGUCUCAUUUUCCGUAUUCGUCUUCAUACCCCUCCGUUCCUCCCCCUGUCUGACUUCCUCCGCGGAGACGGGUAUUUUGCCGACUUCAUACGCAACGGCAAUGCGCACCAAAUCAUGUCACUAUCCAAAGACCACACCACCGCCUUAUGGAACGCGGUGCAAGAUAAUGACUACGCGUCCUUCGCCAAAGUCAACGCACGCCUCCUCAACACCUCGCGCGGUCUGCGUAACGUGCCUAUCCGCGUGUACAUCCCUCAGUCCCCCGACGACCCUGCCGACAGCCAAGCCGGGUCGUUUAAGGUCGUACAGUCGCUCGUACAGCCGCGCGUCAGCGAGCGCCACCCCCGUACCCUCGGCGCUGCUCUCCGUAACCUACUCCCCAGUCUGUUCCCCAGUAGCCGGGACCCCGUGCUCGCGGACGCGGUCUUACACGGCGCCCACGUGCCCUUCGGGGCUCCUCGAGGAGCUCAUGCGCGAGGCGGCGUAUCCAGAUGGGUGGCUAUGCCUUGUCGUUAA